GUCACACAGUGUGGCGGUAUUACGUGCCGUGUACACUCCAUUUGUACCUGACUGGGCGUUUGCAAACGUGGAGAGGUUUCUGGUCAUGCGCAAGAGGAAAUGGAGUGGCUAACGUUUACACAGAAUGUGCAUCGGCACCUCAUACAGCACCUUUUACUGAUACAUAUGAUGGUGACUGCCAGUGCUGACACCUGUCUAGUGAAGAACCAAGUUGCCAACUGCAGUGCAAGAGGUUUGACUUCCGUUCCAUCAACAUUGCCUGAAAACAUAACAACGUUGUUGAUGGCCGAUAAUAAACUGGUGGACAUUGCAGGAUUUGCUUUUAAAAAAUACGCACAUUUGAAGCACCUUGAUUUGUCUAAUAACCAGAUCAAGCGACUCAACAAUAACUCGUUCUAUGGCCUUACAAGCUUACAAAGUUUACAACUUGAACGCAACCAUCUGAAUCUGUCACGCAACGCAUAUCCCGCACUUUGUUUCUCGGGACUGGUGUCACUUCAGAGGCUACUGAUUGGGAACAAUGUUGCGAUUGAAUGGUUCUUAGACCCUCAAGACUCAUUUUACUACCCCGAUGAAGCCAUAGGACAGCUUGAGGCAUUAGAAGAAUUGUCAGUGGAUGGUUUACCCAAUGCUAUGUUUGGAGUGGGAUUUUGUCACCUGCACAGCCUAACAUAUUUAGAUUUUAAGCUGUGUUAUAUUAAUUACGUCGAGGAGGGCAUGUUUGUCAAUACACCUAACAUCACCUUUCUUAGUAUGUCUCACUGCCAUAUCUUCGAUGUCCACAAAGAAUCCUUUGCAAAACUACCGCACAUUGACACACUAGAUCUAUCCGGAAACACAGAGGUGGGUUUAAAUGUAACACACAUAUUCCAUGGUUUGAGAGACACACAAAUUAGAGUUCUUAUGUUAAGCAGCAUAUAUCCCCCAUAUUCGAUUUGUGUUGUCAUUCCCUCUGAUUGUUUGCGUUAUUUGUUCAAUACAUCAAUCAAGGAGUUAUAUCUAAAUCAUAAUGAUAUUAGAAAACUUGAACCUGGGGCGUUGGAUUAUUUUCCACCAAGUUUAGAAAUCAUUUCUCUUCGAGACAAUAAGUUUACGUUUGGUCAUUACAUUUUUGAACUUAAUAAAUUAACAGGACUAAGGCGUAUAGAUCUCAGUGACAAUAUCGUGGGCCAUUCCAAUUUUCCGCUUGAAGGCAAUGGAAUAUAUAGUAUUCCUUGGAUACCGUCUUUUCCCUUGCCACCAAAUCUAGAAGAUAUUGUCCUCAGAAAUAUGAUUAUACAUGCAGAAAUACCAUCAGUGUACUUCUCAAAGAACAGACUCAGAUCCCUUGAUGCUUCUCAAAAUGGGGUUUCCUUCUGGCGGGGACCUGUUUACGGGCUCAAGAAUUUAGAAACUCUUGACUUAUCAUCAAAUUAUUGUUCAAAAGUAAUUGCAACCUUUUUCAACAGUUUUAUGACUAUUCGCAUUUUGAAUGUUUCUAAUAACUAUUUGGGAGAUGCCCUCAAAGAUCUCAAAUUCACUAGAGUUUUUAGUUCACUGACAAAGCUUGAAGUACUUGAUUUGUCUGCUAACAGAUUCCGUAUUUUGCAUCCAACAUUUUUCAAACAUAACAGAAACCUGAAGUAUUUGAAUCUAAGCCAGAAUGCAAUAUCAAAUCUCGACUUAGACGUGGGAAAGAUAAACCUCACAAUGGUGAACCUACAGAUGAAUGAAAUAAGGUACAUAGCCAAAUCCACGCGGGAUAUGUUUGAUGCCAUGGACGUGAACAAUCACUUAACAGUCGAUCUGUCAGAUAACCCUUUAGACUGUUCUUGUGACCAUCUUGACUUUUUGUUGUGGAUAUUGAAAACGAAGGUUAAUUUACAAAAUGUUGGCACUUACACGUGUGUUAAUGAAUUCGGCAAACGUAUGCUUUUGGACAAGGGUUUCAUUAAGUCAAAGAAGGAAACCUGCAAAUCCUAUGCUGGUGUAGUUAUUGGUGGAUUAUGUUCUGUCGUGUUUUUCUUGUCCGUCUCAGUCGUUGGACUGGUGUAUAGGUAUCGGUGGAGAAUCAAGUAUCUGUAUUACAUUGUUAGGGAUCGGUAUAAUUUUCACAGAGGUCAGGAUGAUGGCGAAAGACAGUUUAUGUUUGAUGCUUUCAUUUCCUACGCAAAUGAAGACCUUGUCUUUGUCGACACACUGAUUAAUAACCUUGAGGGUCAGGGGAAACGUCUGGUUGUUCACCACCGGGACUUUCGUCCCGGAGAACCCAUAGGUGCAAAUAUUGUUAAUGCAAUUCAGACUAGCAGGCACACUGUCCUGAUACUAUCGGGUAGUUUCCUUGAGAGCAACUGGUGUCGUUAUGAGUUUGAGAUGGCUAGAAUGGAGGCAGUGUACGACUCUAGAAGUGUCCUUGUCGUUGUCAAGAUUGAAGACGUGUCAUCUGCUGCCGUACCCCGAGAGCUGCUCUAUCUGAUGAGGUCGGACUCGUACCUGGAAUACCCUGAUGAUCCUGAGGAUCAGGCGAUAUUUUGGGUGAACCUUGGAGAAGCUGUCAGCAACUGAUAUAUCCCCAGAUGUACGGGGACGUAAUCUUAUCUGAACAAACAGAAACUCACAAGAGUUGCGUCCCUUGGGCACGCCAGAAACACAUGAUCGUGGUUUCGAAUCCCGGUUCGCCCCGAUCAUGUUUCUUGGUUUCUCAGCAUCACACCCGUGCUCGUGGAUUUCACAACAGACCUGCAUCACUUCAGGCUUUCCUCCCAGUUUAAGCUGAUAUAACUGGAAUACUGAUCAAAGCGGCUUUAAACCCAGCGACCAUACCUUAUACAUAGUUGAUAUCAUUGUGUGAUAAAUAGUAGGUUAUUCUGUUGUUUGAUAAAGAAUAGUUUUGAAGGGAUUAUCUGUCUUUAUUUCAAUGCAAAUGUAAUAACAUGUCCGAGACUACCAAGUAAUCCUACGCUGAUUGGCCCCAGUUGUACAUUGCAUAUAUUGUACUUAUAUGUCACAGCUGUGUAUUGCAUAUAUUGUACUUAUAUGUCACAGCUGUGUAUUGCAUAUAUUGUACUUAUAUGUCACAGCUGUGUAUUGCAUAUAUUGUACUUAUACGCCACAGCUGUGUAUUGCAUAUAUUGUACCUAUACGUCACAGUUGUACAUUGCAUAUAUUGUACUUAAACGUCACAGUUGUACAUUACAUGUAUUGUACUUAUACGUCACAGUUGUACAUUGCAUAUAUUGUACCUAUACGUCACAGUUGUACAUUACAUGUAUUGUACUUAUACGUUACAGCUGUAUAUUGCAUAUAUUGUACGUAUAGUUAUUUUUUCACAAUGCCAUUUUCCAAAGAUGCUAUUGUUUAAAUGUCAUCGCGAGAGAAAUGACCUUGAAUUUUAUAU